AUGAAAAACAUAACAUUUUGUCUCCUGGUUUUGGUUUCGGCCACAUUUGUGUUGACUACCAAGGCCAACGCUGUCGCCUCAAAAGAACUGGACUUGGGCAGCGAGUUUGAUUGGGAAACAGAACUGGAUGAACUUUUGGAUGAACUGGACAACGAUGAGGACUACAUGGACGUGGAGCAACUGGGCUUCAUUCGCAGUGUAAGAAAGGUUCUUAGAAAAGCUCUCAAAACAGUUCGUGGCACCAACUGCAUCAUCAAGGAGGUGGUGGAGAUUCUCAGUUCCUGCACCACGUACGUGGAUGCGAUCGAUGACUGCGGCACAGCUAUUCCCAAGGAUGUGGCCAAAAUUGUGGCCUCCGUGAAGAAGAUCAUCAGCAUCUGCAACGACAUUAUACACCUUCGAUCUAAGCUAUGUGCCGCAGAUGACUCCUCCAGCUCUACCGCCAAAAACUCAUGCAAAUGCUUUUGGAACUUGUUUAAGGCCACAAUGAAGUUGACCAGGCAGAUUAAUAAAACCCUGAAGUUGAUUGCCAAAUUGCCUGCCGACACCAGUGAGUGUUUUGUGAGUGCCACCAACAAUGUCAAAGUGUCAUUUAACUCUUUCCUUCCCAACAUCAAUGUCUGCAUUGAUUCAAUGUAAAAAAUAAAUACA